AUGCAGAUACCCUCCCCCCCGCCUCCAUGCCUUUGCUCUCUCCUUUCUACCGACCAGGUAUUGUGUGUGCAUGCCGAGCUAACCGCGCAGCUGCUGCGCUUCGCGACAAGCCAAUUGGCCAGCGGUGGCGGCAGCAACGGUGGUCCAUGGGAGGACGCGGGUCGGGGGCAGGUUUCCAGGAAGCGCCCCCGGAUUCUUCACUCAGGGUGCGGGUCUUCCACCGUCGGCGUAGUGCUGCAGCGAGAGCAUGGCUGCGACGUCGUCAACGCCGACUUCAGCAAGGGGGUGAUGGACAGCAUGCGCGCGCUGUACCCGGGGUGCGAGUUCAUCCGCUCGGACGCGCGGGAUGCGGCGGAAUUCCCAUCGCAAAGCUUUGACAUGGUGAUUGACAAGGGGAUGUUCGACAGCGCAACGGCGCGGACGGAGGGGAGGGUGGAGACUGCCAAGAAGCUGCUGGACGAGGCUGCGAGAGUGCUGGCCGUUGGGGGGAAGUACAUGAUCUUCAGCGCCUUCAGCAACGACGAGUUGGGGCACAAGGACAUGGCGGACAUGCUCGUUCACCCGGGGUUUGGAGGACAAGUGCAGGCGAGUUCCAUAAGUCUUGAUUUCGGUGGUACUUACAAGAGGGUCAUCUGA